AUGGCCUGGGGACCCCCAUCUCGUCUCCUGCUGGCCUGCGUGGUCCUGUUGUGUAUGACAGAUGGUCAAGGUCGCUGGCAUGGAGCCGUGGAGCCUGUAGGUCCUGGACGUGUGCGGAGGCGAGGUGGCCCUGGCUUUCUCCUGCAGGGGCCUAAUAUAUGUGGUUCCCACUUUCACGCCUACUGCUGCCCUGGCUGGAGGACGCUGCCCGGAGGGAACCGUUGUAUCGUGCCCAUCUGCCGACACCCCUGUGGCCAAGGCUUCUGUUCUCAGCCCAACCUGUGCACCUGUGUGGAUGGAACCCUGGCCCCGAGCUGUGGGGUGAGCCCAGAGUUGGGGUGCAGCAUAAGCUGCAUGAACGGCGGCAGCUGUCGAGGGGCAUCCUGUCUGUGCCAGAGGGGUUACAGGGGCACUGUGUGCGGGCAGCCCAUCUGUAACCCUAGCUGUCAAAAUGGAGGUCGCUGCAUCGGGCCCAACCUCUGUGCAUGUGUGUAUGGCUUUUUGGGGUCCCACUGUGAGACAGACUACCGGACAGGGCCAUGCUUCAGCCAAGUGGGCUCCAAGGGGUGCCAGCACCAACCAAGGGGCCUCACGUUCACCAAGGCGCUCUGUUGUGCCACUGUGGGUCACGCCUGGGGCCUUCCUUGUGAGCCCUGCCCCCCACAGCCACACCCCUGCCGUCGAGGCUUCAUCCCCAGUAUCCGCACGGGAGCCUGUCAAGACGUGGACGAGUGCCAGGCCAUCCCAGGGCUGUGCCAGGGCGGUAGCUGCACCAACACCGUGGGCUCCUUCAAAUGUCGCUGUCCCGUUGGACACCGGCUCAGUGCCAGUGGUGUCACGUGUGAAGAUCGUCGCCUGGGCACUUGCUUCUCGGUCCUGAUCAGUGGCCACUGUGCUGCAGCCCUGGGAGGCCGCUAUCCACGCAGGCAGUGCUGCUGUGAUCUGGGAAGAUGCUGGGCUGCCAGCCUGCCUCUGGAGCUGUGUCCUUCUCCGGGAUCUGAUGAGUUCCGGCGACUGUGUAAUCUGGGACAAGCGAGGCUGCCUUCCUACCCUAGCCUUUUCCCCGGCCUCCCAGGCUUCAGAUCCAGUGGCACAGAACCAGCACGGCCCAGCCCACGUGGCUCCAGUGGGCCUGGGGUCCCUAGCCUGGGUCCUGGAAAUCCCAACAUCGGCACAGCCACACUGAACCAGACCAUGGACAUCUGCCACCACUUCCCCAACCUGUGUCGCAAUGGCCGCUGCCUGCCCACGCAUACGAGCUACCGCUGUGAAUGUAACCCGGGAUACAGCCAGGAUGCACAGGGCGAAUGCCUCGAUGUGGACGAAUGCACCAGCAGAACCUGCCAUCAUGGAGACUGUGUCAACACCCCUGGCUCUUAUCACUGCCAGUGCCAUGAAGGUUUCCAGGCUUCCCAAACCAGGCAGGCGUGUGUGGAUACGGAUGAGUGCAUGGUCCUCGGUGGUCUCUGCCACCCGGGCCACUGCAUUAAUACUGAAGGGAGCUUCCAGUGUGUCUGCAGUGCCGGCUUUAAGCCCAGCCCUGAUGGCAGGAAGUGUGUGGAUCACAAUGAGUGUGCCACCAGCACCAUGUGCCUCAAUGGCAUGUGCAAUGAAGAUGGCAGCUUCAUGUGUCUCUGCAAGCCGGGCUUCACGCUGGCACCUGGUGGCCAAUACUGUAUGGACAUUGACGAGUGCCAGAAGCCAGGCAUUUGCGGGGGGACCAGCGGUUGCACCAACACUCAGGGCUCCUUCCACUGCGGGUGCCUGGGGCCACGGGCAGGGGGCAUGGGCAGCCCCACAUGCGUGGAUUCCCAGGUGCACGGCAGGUGCUUCGGGGCCGCCCGGCCUGGCCCCUGCUCCCGGCCUUUGCCGGGCACCAUGACCAAGGCUGAGUGCUGCUGUGCCAGCCCCGAUCAUGGGUUCGGGGACCCCUGUCUGCUCUGUCCUGCCAAGAACUCUGCCGAGUUCCAGGCCCUGUGCCCGGGCGGACGUGGCAUCUUGGCGGAUGGGCAAGACAUCAACGAGUGUGCCUUGGACCCCGAGGUGUGCAGCAAUGGCGUGUGCGAGAACCUUCAGGGCAGCUACCGGUGCAUCUGCAACCUGGGCUACCAGGUGGAUGCCUCAAGCUGGGACUGCGUGGAUGUGGAUGAGUGUGCCCUCAACUCUAUCCUGUGUGACAAUGGGCUGUGCCAGAAUAGCCCGGGAAGCUAUAGCUGCUCCUGCCCCAGGGGCUUCAGCUUCCCAGACACAAAGACCUGUGAAGACAUAAAUGAGUGCCUGUCUAGCCCGUGUGUGAAUGGCAUAUGCCAGAACCUGGAGGGCUCCUAUGCGUGUGAAUGUGCCCCUGGCAUGCAGCUGGGUCCUUCUGGAACAGUGUGUGUAGACAGCACCAAAGGCACCUGCUGGCUGCACACCCAGGACGGCCAAUGCGAGGUGAACCUACCAGGCCCAACUCUGCGUUCUGAAUGCUGUGCCACCCUGGGGGUCGCCUGGGGGAGCCCCUGCGAGCCCUGUGAGACUGAUCCCACCUGUGCACGUGGCUUUGCCCGCGUGAAGGAUCUUACCUGUGAAGAUAUAAACGAAUGUGACUCCUUCCCUGGCCUGUGUCCUAAUGGGCUGUGCUUCAACACCGAAGGCUCCUUCCACUGCCAGUGUCCCCAGGGCCUGACACUGGACACCUCUGGCCGGCUAUGUGUGGAUAUGAGGCUGGAGCCAUGUUUCCUGCAAUGGGACAAAGAUGACUGUGAGGUUCCCCUGCCUGGCAAGUAUCGGAUGGAUGUUUGCUGCUGCUCCAUCGGGGCCUCGUGGGGAGCUGAGCGUGAAGCCUGCCCAGAGCCUGACUCCCCGGAGUUUGCCAGCCUGUGUCCCCGAGGGCCAGGCUUUGCCAGCCAGGACUUCCUCUCUGGCCAGCCCUUCUAUAAAGGUUGGCGAUCCUGUCCCAUAACUCUUAUCUGAAGCUCCCUUGGCCUUUGCCGCCGCGUGCUACACACACAAACCUCCAGGCCAUGCACCCCUGUCCCUACAGACAUCGAUGAAUGUCUCAUCUCCCCUGAUCUCUGCGGCCAGGGCGUCUGCGUCAACACCCCAGGCAGCUUUGAGUGCGAGUGUUUUCCGGGCUACACAAGUGGCUUCAUGCUCAUGAAGAACUGCAUGGACGUGGAUGAGUGUGUAAGGGACCCGCUGCUGUGCCGUGGAGGCAGCUGUACCAACACUGACGGGAGCUUCGAAUGCCGCUGUCCCCCAGGACACAAGCUGACAGCCCAGGGCACUGCCUGUGAGGACAUCGACGAGUGUGCCCUGCGGGACAGUCUGUGUCUUCAUGGCCAGUGUGUCAACCUCAUCGGCACCUUCCACUGUGUCUGCCACUCGGGCUUCCAGGUCACGCCUGAGCGCCAAGGCUGCCAGGACAUCGAUGAGUGCCGGGUGGGGAAUGGUGGCUGCGAGGCGCACUGCGUGAACACUGAGGGCAGCUUCCAGUGCAGCUGUGGACAGGGCUACGUGCUGAGGCCCGACGGGAGGGCAUGCGCGGAUGUGGACGAGUGUGAGGAAAACCCGGCCGUCUGUGGCCAAGGCCGGUGCACCAACGAGCCCGGUGGACACCGCUGCCUGUGUUACGAGGGUUUCACGGCUGCACCUGACGCGAAGACCUGUGUGGAUGUGAAUGAGUGUGACCUGAACCCUGACAUCUGUCUCCAUGGGAACUGUGAGAAUACAAAAGGAUCUUUUGUCUGCCACUGCCAGCUGGGCUACAUCGUCAGGAAGGGGGCCACUAGCUGCUCUGACCUGGAUGAAUGUGAGCCGGGCCAGGACAGUUGUGACAGCCAUGCCUCCUGCCUUAACACCCCUGGGAGUUUCAGCUGCAGGUGUCGUCCAGGCUGGGUGGGGGAUGGCUUCAAAUGCCAUGACAUGGAUGAAUGUACCACCCCAGAACAUCACUGCAGCCCCAGAGCUGACUGUCUCAAUGUCCCUGGGAGUUACCGCUGUGCCUGCCGCCCUGGAUUUACUGGGGAUGGAUUCUCCUGUGAAGAUAGGGAUGAAUGUGCAGAGAACAUGGAUCUUUGUGAGAAUGGCCACUGCCUCAAUGUCCCUGGCGGGUACUACUGUGAGUGUGAGAUGGGUUUCACUCCUACUGGGGACCAUGGAGCCUGCCAGGAUGUGGAUGAGUGCGCACUCGAGACACUGUGUGUGCCUGGUAGCUGUGAGAACCUGCCAGGCAUGUUCUGCUGCCUCUGUGAGGAUGGCUAUGAGCUGGACCAUGGUGGCAGUCACUGCACAGACAUCAAUGAGUGUGCAGACCCUGUGAACUGCAUCAACGGACAAUGCAUCAACACUCCCGGCAGCUAUCUCUGCAACUGCCCCCAGGAUUUUGAGCUGAACCCCAGUGGGGUAGGCUGUGUGGACACCCGGGCUGGGAACUGUUUCCUGGAAAUGCACAGCCGAGGGGAUGGAGGUGUUUCCUGCAGUGCUGAGGUUGGAGUUGGGGUCACCCGAGCCUCCUGCUGUUGCUCCCUGGGCCGGGCCUGGGGCAACCCCUGUGAAUUGUGUCCAAUGGGAAACACAAGUGAGUACAGAACCCUGUGCCCGGGUGGUGAGGGCUUCCGACCCAACCCCAAUACUGUCAUUCUGGAAGACAUUGAUGAAUGCCAGGAACUGUCUGGGCUGUGUCAGGGAGGCAACUGUGCCAAUACUUUUGGCAGCUUCCAAUGUGAGUGCCCGCAUGGGUACCAACUCAGUGGGGACACCCGCAUCUGCGAGGAUAUUGAUGAGUGUGCCACACAGUUGGGUAUAUGUGGCCCAGGCACAUGCUACAACACCCUGGGAAACUACACCUGCAUCUGCCCUGCAGAGUACCUGCAAGUUAAUGGCGGCAACAAUUGCAUGGAUAUGAGAAAGAGCAUGUGCUUUCGCUAUUAUAAUGGCACCUGUAGGCACGAGCUGGCCUUCAACAUCACUCAGAAGAUGUGCUGCUGUUCCUACAACAUCGGCCAGGCAUGGAACAGACCUUGUGAAGCCUGCCCCACACCUGCUAGCUCUGACUACCAGGUCUUGUGUGGGAGCCAAGUCCCUGGCUUCAUCACUGACAUGCACACUGAAAGGCCCCGCGAUAUUGACGAGUGCAGGGAAAUCCCAGCCAUCUGUACCCAUGGCGUCUGCAUCAACCAGGCCGGGAACUUCCACUGCGAGUGUCCUAUGGGCUUCCAGUACCACAGCGACUUGCUGGCCUGUGAAGAUGUGGAUGAGUGUGGUACCACAGAGAGUCCCUGUGGGAGGAAAGAAUCCUGUGUCAACAUCCCUGGCAGCUACCGCUGUGAGUGUGCCCAAGGAUUCACACUGUCGCCCAGAGGAGUCUGCGUGGGUGAGAAUGAGUGCCAGGAGAUCAUGAAUGUCUGUGGUCAUGGUGACUGCGUGGACAUGGAGGGCAGCUACGUGUUCCUCUGUCACCAUGGUUUCCGGGCCUCAGCAGACCAGACCCUCUGCAUGGACCUUGAUGAAUGUGACUGGUGGCCAUAUGGGAAUGGAACCUGCAAGAAUACCAUUGGCUCCUAUAACUGCCUCUGCUUUCCAGGCUUUGCAGCUUCACACAAUGGGGACUGUGUGGAUACUGAUGAGUGUACCAUCUUGGUGGGGCAGGUGUGCCAGUUUGGCCAGUGCCUCAACAUAGCUGGCUCCUUCCUCUGUAUCUGCCAGGAUGGCUUCGAACUCACAGCCGAUGGGAGGAAUUGUGUGGACACCAACGAAUGUGUGACCCUUUCAGAAUCCUGCCUGCCAGGCGUCUGCCAGAACCUUGAGGGCUCCUUCCGCUGCAGCUGCCCCCUGGGGUUCCAAGUGCAGAGGGAGCAUUGUGUGGAUAUCGAUGAAUGCUUGGAAGAACCCAACAUCUGCCCCUUUGGGACCUGUAUCAACAGUCCUGGGAGCUUCACAUGCCUCUGCCCACCUGGCUUUGUCCCUUCUGAAAAUGGGCACCGUUGCUUUGACACACGACAGAGUUUCUGCUUCACCCGUUUUGAGGCUGGAAAGUGCCUGGUGCCCAAAGCAUUCAACAACACCAAGACCCGAUGCUGCUGCAGCAAGAGGCCUGGGGAGGGCUGGGGUGACCCCUGUGAGCUGUGUCCCCAGGAGGGCAGUGCUGCUUUCCAGGAGCUGUGUCCCUUUGGCCAUGGAGCAGUGCCAGGCCCCGAUGACUCCAGAGAAGAUGUGAACGAGUGUGCAGAGAACCCUGGCAUCUGCGCCAAUGGCCUCUGUGUCAACACGGAUGGUUCCUUCCGCUGCGAGUGUUCCUUCGGCUACAGCCUGGACUUCACUGGCAUCAGCUGCGUGGACACAGAUGAAUGCUCCCUUGGUCACCCUUGUGGGGAAGGCACUUGUACCAAUGUCAUCGGAGGCUUCGAGUGUGCCUGUGCUGAUGGCUUUGAGCCUGGUCCCAUGACAAUCUGUGAGGACAUUGAUGAAUGUUCCCUGAACCCUCUGCUCUGUGCCUUCCGCUGUCUCAACAUAGAGGGCUCCUACCUGUGCACCUGCCCAGCUGGCUACGCCCUGCGGGAGGAUAGGGCUACAUGCAGAGAUAUAGAUGAGUGUGCAGAGGGCCUGCAGGAUUGCCACACUCAAAGCAUGCUGUGCAAGAAUGCCAUCGGCACCUUUGCAUGUGUCUGUCCUCCAGGAAUGAGGCCCCAGUCUGGAUCUAGAGAUGGCUGUACAGAUGAGGAUGAAUGCCAGGAGCAGCCCAGCCUCUGUGCCCCCGGCCGCUGCAUUAACACGAUGGGCAGCUUCCACUGUGAAUGUGACCAGGGUUUCCAGCCCAGCCCUGCCCUCACUGAGUGCCAAGACACUCGGCAGGGGCUCUGCUUCACCGAGGUGCUACAGGCUGUGUGCCAGGUUCGGUCAGGCAGCGAUGAGACCGUACCCUGGGCUGUGUGCUGCUGCGGGGGUGGUCGGGGCUGGGGGCCUCAGUGCGAGCCCUGCCCCCUGCGUGGCACCUCCACUUUCUGGAAGCUGUGCCCCCAUGGCUCAGGCUACACCACCGAGGGACGAGAUGUGGAUGAGUGCCGUGUGCUUACUCACCUGUGUUUCCAUGGCGAGUGCAUUAACACCGUUGGCUCUUUCCACUGCCACUGCCAAGCUGGAUACACACCAGAUGCUGCUGCCACUGCCUGUGUGGACAAUGACGAGUGCUCUGCCCAACCUGGCCCAUGUGGCACCCAAGGCCGCUGCCACAACAGCCCAGGCAACUUCCACUGUGAGUGCUACCAAGGCUUCACCCUGGACAGCUCUGGCCGCAGCUGUGAAGAUAUAGAUGAAUGUGAUGGGCCCCAUAGCUGUCACAAUGGCUGUCAGAAUGAGCUGGGGGGGUAUUGCUGCAAUUGCCCCUAGCACUCCCAGUGGGCCCAGUAUGUGGAUGAAAAUGAGUGUGCAUUAUUACCUAUGGCCUGUGGCAGUGCCUCCUGCCACAACACACCUGGUGGCUUCCACUGUGUCUGUCCUUCUGGCUUCGACUUCAACCAGGCCCUUGGGGGCUGCCAGGAUGUGGACGAAUGUGCUGGACAAGGCAGCCCCUGCAGCUAUGGCUGUGCUAACACAGCUGGUGGCUUCCUAUGCGGCUGUCCCCAAGGAUACUUCCGGGCUGGGCAGGGGCAUUGUGUCUCCAGCCUGGGCUUCGGCCAUGAACCCCAGGAAAGCUCAUAUGAGAACAAGGCACUUUCAUCUGAAACCUGCUAUGAAUGCAGCAUCAACAGCCUCUCCCCUCAGGACCGGCCACAGCGCAGCCCUCGUCACCACCAGGUCAGCUUAGCCACCUUUGACACAGAAGUCCAUCUGACCUUGAGCCUGAAUCUCUCCCGCCUGGGCCAGGCCCAGCAUAUUCUGGGGCUGCAGCCAGCUUUGGAGGGGCUGGCAGGGCGGGUUCGCUACAUCAUCUCCCAUGGCAACCAGCAAGGUUUCUUCCGCAUGCAGCACCAGGGAAUCCUCAGUUACCUGCAAUUGGGGCGCCGGAGGCCCCAGCCUGGGAUGUACCAGCUGGAGGUAGUGAGCGUGCCAGGGCCCCAGGGUGUCUGGCCAGGACCAGUAGGCCAGGCAUUGCGGCUACAAGUACGGUUGCAGCUACUCUAG